ACUAAAAUCGACUCUCCCUCCAUCCUCUCUAUUCUUGAAGCCGAAGUCAUCAGUUGCCGUUGGGGCACGGACGAUGACGUUCCGCAGUGCUGUUGCCAUGAACGCUGCCACCGAGAGCUUGGGUGGCGCCACCAAUUCUUCUCCAUCCACCGUUGACUAUGAAGAAUUAUCAGAGGGAAAUGGAUAUAGACUUCCUCCACCAGAGAUCAGAAAUAUUGUUGAUGCUCCGCCCCUUCCAACACUAUCAUUUUCACCUGGUAGGGAUAAAAUACUCUUCCUCAAAAGGAGAUGAUUGCCUCCUCUGGAAGAAUUGGAAAGGUCUGAGGAGAAGCUUGCUGGAAUUCGCAUUGAUCCCAAAUGUAAUUCUUGGAGUUGAAUGUGAGUAACAGAAUAACUGUUGGACCUUUUCAUGUUCCAUGGACUUCUCUUUUCUGCAAUAAAACUGUGACGGGCUUUAGGAAUUCAUGAUUCUUCCUGUUGGAGCUUCUUCAUUCAAAGAGGCCAUGAAGAUGGGUGUGGAAGUAUAUCAUCAUUUGAAGGCAAUUUGUAGUCAAAUAUUUCCAUCACUUUAUGAGAAGGCUGAUAGAUUCUCGUCUUAGUGUAAAAUCUAGUGCAAGAUGACAUCAUGUUUGUAGUUCAUUGGCUUUUAUGAAAGUUAUGAAUGGUUAUAGCUUAGGCUGCAACGUUUGUUCUGCUUGCAUGAUUGAAAUGUGUGGAUCAUGUUGUUUUCAGUCUGUUAUUAAGAAGAAAUAUGGGCAAGAUGCUACAAAUGUUGGUGAUGAGGGUGGCUUUGCUACCAACAUUCAUGAAAACAAGGAAGGUCUUGAGCUGCUUAAGACAGCCAUUGUGAAAGCUGGUUAUACAGGAAAAGUUGUUAUUGGAAUGGAUGUUGCUGCAUCUGAAUUUUAUUCAUCAGACAAGACUUAUGAUUUGAACUUCAAGGAAGAGAGCAAUGAUGGGUCCCAAAAGAUAUCCGGCGAUCAACUUAAGGAUCUCUACAAGUCAUUUGUUUCUGAGUACCCAAUUGUGUCUAUCAAAGAUCCAUUUGACCAGGAUGACUGGGAGGCCUAUGCAAAACUCACCAAAGAAAUUGGUGCUGAAGUACAGAUAGUGGGAGAUGAUCUCCUCGUCACUAACCCCAAGAGAGUUGACAAGGCAAUUAAGGAGAAGACUUGCAAUGCACUUCUUCUUAAGGUUAACCAGAUUGGUUCUGUGACUGGAAGUAUUGAAGCUGUAAAAAUGUCGAUGCAUGCUGGUUGGGGAGUGAUGGCCAGCCACAGAAGAAUAUCUGGAUACAGUGGAGAGACAGAGGACACCUUCAUUGCGGAUCUCUCUGUUGGACUGGCCACGGGCCAAAUCAAGACAGGGGCUCCUUGCAGAUCAGAACAUCUGGCAAAAUACAACCAACUGUUGAGGAUUGAAGAGGAAUUGGGUUCCGAGGCAGUAUAUGCAGGAGCAAGCUUCCGUUCAUCUGUUGAGCCUUAUUAAUUGCACUUUGCACUGCUCUAAACGCAACUUGAGAAUUUAUAUCCAAUUAUUAGAAGAAUCAUCUUUGUUUUGUGGAUUCCGAGCCUUUAUUUCUCUUUAAUAAGCGAGAGUUAUGUUUUGACCUUAAACCUUACCACUCUGGUCUUAACUGCACUUUGUAUUUUGACAUUCUUAUCUUUGCCAUAUAUUUAUACAGCCUCCGAACUUAC